AUGGAAUCGAGGCUCCAAGGGCUUCGUUGGCCUGCAAGCCCCAAUGAAAUGCAUCGCUUUUCCCGGGCUCUGUGCCAAAGGCUGAGUGAGGAGUCUCGCUCUUGAACGGAAGCCGGUGCUACAAAGUACGGAAUGAAUCGUACGCACCCCGGCCGUUACAAAUUCCCCCCUCAAACCUCGCCCCCCCCCGCGUUGGGUCGUCAAACGCGGCGGGGACAACUGAGCGCCGUGUCAGUGCCUUUGUCCAGAAAGGGACGCUGCGCGGCCGGAGACAGCGGGCUCGUAUCUGCCGGCGACGCUCGGCCCCUGUGCCGUCGAUUCAGAUUCGUUGCUUCUGCCGCCUGCACCCCCGACGAUCACUCCGCCCGCGGCAGACUUGUCGCGGGACACGGCAUAUGCGUGGAAUCAUGUUUGAAAAGAAAAGAAAAACACUUGUGACUCUGAGCGACUUCUCCCUUUUGUCCGCCUGCCUGCGUGAUCUUCCGUCGGGCUGCCGCUGUGGUUGAAGUGGUUGAGCGACUUUUGUUCUUUGUCGAGCUACCUCAAACCUCAACAAACGGCGUGGGCGACGAUGCGUCACAAAAAAGCGAGCUCCAUGCUCAUCGUUCUCGCCGGCGGUCUGGCCCGCACCGUCCAGGCCGCCGGCAGCACCGUCCAGCUCGUCAACGACACGGGCUGCGGGUGCUUCCUCACCAACGGCAGCGAGCCAACGUACUACGCGCGGCACAUGUUCUUCGACUUUCGCGACCUGAACGAGUACGCGCGCGUGCCCGACGUCGUCACCAACGACACCGUCGCGUCGUAUUCGCCUCCCACCAGCGACUACUUCGCCAGCGACACCUGGAACGACACCUGGCAGGUCCAGGGCUGGAGCAACCGCAACGGUAGCGCCGGGCGCGGCGGCGGCGGCGGCGGCAAAGGCGGCGCAGAGGGCCUCACGGGCGACGCAACCGUGCUCAUGGUCAACUCGCCCAGCAACAUCUACAUCGAGAGGAACGGCCACGUCGAGGGCGACGGGCCGACGACGACGUACUUGACGCUGCGCACGAAGCGGCUCAAGGAGUUCCAGACGGCGGCCGAGUUCCAGGCGCAGGAGUCGCACUAUCGCUUCCUCUCGCUGCGGAUGAUGGCCCGCACCGUGGGCGACCCAGGCGCCGUCUCGGCCGUCUUCACCUACCGGGAGGCGCCGUCGCUCAGCGACGUGCAAGAGGCCGACAUCGAGAUCCUCACGAGGGGCCCCCGCAACAAGAUCCAGUACACGAACCAGCCGUCGUACCAGGACCAGAGCGGCGGCGACCACGACGGCGACAGCGGCGCCAACAACGGCGACGACCCCAGGGCGACGCGCAACUCGACCAUGCCCCACGGCCUGCGCUGGACCGACUGGGCCGUGCAUCGCCUCGACUGGACGCCCCGGCGCAGCGUGUGGUUCGUCGACGGCGUCGAGGUCGCGAGCAUCGACUUCCAGGUCCCGCGCGACGCGGCCGGCCUCAACAUCAACUCGUGGAGCGACGGCGGCCAGUGGAGCGGCAACAUGAGCGUCGGCGGCGAGUCCAAGCUGCAGGUGCAGUGGCUCGAGAUGGUCUUCAACACCACGGCCGACCACGACGCCGCCGACAAAAAGGCCAAGCACCAGAAGCGCGCCACCGCCCGGUGCAAGGUCGUGUGCAGCAUCGACGAGACGAACCGCACGGGUACCGCGGCCAAGCUCUGGGAGGGUGCCGCCGCCGCCAGGCCCUCGUCGACUGCCGGCACUACGCUGCUCUGGCUCUGUGCCUGCGUUGUGGGCUCGGCCAUGUGGUUGUCGGCAGUCUGAGGGCAACAACAAUCAUCAUCAUCAUCACACACACACACGCACGCACGCACGCGCCCACACACACACACACACAUAUAUAUACAUACACACACACGUGUGGAUGGCCCGUGUGUCAGGGAACCCGGCUUCUGCUUCCCCCGCCGGCAGACACGCCCAAGAUUUUCACGGCGAGGCGUCGCUUGGCAUCCUCAUGGGGUGGCUUCGUGUAGUAACGGCAUGUGGUGUAUGUAUGAACUGUACGCGCGCACAGUCACCGCGCUUGCAUGCAGGUCAUGAUGAGAGAGCGCACAGGUGCGUCCGGAAAGUGGUAGUAGCAGUAGUAGCAGUAGUAGUAGACGACGAGGGGAGCUCAGGAAGCUUCACCCCUCCCCUCCCAUCCAGACCAUGUACCUACCUUAGUACCUUGCCAAUUGAAACAACAUAUACUACGCUG